AUGUGUGAAGACAGCAUCAGUGCAAAACGCAAUGACUUCGAGCAUCGAAAAUACAAGGCCUCCAAGAUGAGCAAGACCGCUCCGACUUCACCGAAAUCGUUAUCGCCACGACCUACCUCAAGACGCAUCCGGACAAUCAGUUGGGCGGACCAGAUUCCAAAGCAAGCCGCAAAGUUACCGCCUCCAUCAUCCGAUCUCGACGUCGGAGAGGCGCAAACAGAGCACGGCUCCGAAAUCGCACCACUGUUUGCUCAAGAAGACUUCGACAGCUCCCCCAGUAGCUCGACGCUCUCCCUCAACUCGCCUUUCUCUUCUAGCCCACACCUCCCCGCGCAACCUCGCACACAACGACCCGACAUCGCUAAUACCAUGCCAACCAGUCUUCGCGACCUCUCUCCGUUCAAGGGUAAACCGCUCUGGGAGCCCGACGACGAUGAAUGGGCCGAGUUGGACGCCAGCCACAUCUCCUCCACUUUCAAAGCCACCUUCAAGCCCCCCGGCCAAAACAGUCCGCAAAAGCCAACGAACAGCAGCACUCUUUCCCGCUUCAGCGCCACACUGACUUCCUUCAUCCCAUCCUCCCCCACAAAACGCGCUUCCGACGCCCUCCUCCGCGAAGAAGAAGACCUCCGAGACCAACUGGAAGAACUGCAAAACACAUACUACUCCAACCCUGCCGGCGACAUUUGCGACAAAGUAAUGACAUCCGUCUUCUUGCCCGGCUCCCAGUACUUCUACUACGACCAGAGCAGAGAUUCCGUCCGCGCUCCCCAUGUUAUCGACCUAGACGCGUAUUUCAACACUCAAGACCUGCUGGUCGGAGCCGCGUACCCGCGCCUCAGCGACGCCAUCGCCACCAUUCUCAGUCACACAAACAAGGAGUGUGUAGAAGCGUUCCUAGACCCGCGGGUGGACGAGUUCGUGUAUAGACGUGAGGUGGAGAGGAACAAAGCAGGCAGUAUCUUCGUGAUUAGGCGGAAGGGGAAUACCGUCAUCGUAAGUCCGCCCUACACACAUCCACGUUGA